AGCGCUUCCUGUGGGAUGGAUCAGCGGCAUAUAAUUGUUGUUGAGUUGAUUGGAGAAUCCCCCCGAGAAGUGGGCCGUGUACGCUCCCAUCAGCUCUCAGCGGAGCUCAUUGAAGAACUCAGACAGGCAUUACUUAUUUCCCGGUCUUACUUCAAUAUGGUUCUCAUUGACAAGCAUGGUGUUGAUCGUGAGCGAUAUAGGGAGCCCACUACAUCAGAAGACAUCUUUACUUUUGUUGAUACCUAUUUACUGAGCCCUCAGGAGGCUGCCAUGUUAAAUGCUGGUAAAGACAAUUGUGAUCAAUGAACAAGUUGUCCUUUUUGUAGAGCUACAGCUGAAGACUCAAAGGCCCUUAAUCCUGCCAUAGAUAUCAAAGAAGGAACUAUACUUUCUUCAUGAUUGCGUGGUGUUGAGACUUAGCAGGCACUUGAGAAAACAGAUUUUGAUGACUACAGUAUUUAUAAACUAAUUUUAACAUUUAAAUAGCGUGAAUAGUAACGGGUCAAUUUAUUAAAGUCUGGCGGACAUUAUAUGCUGCAGCGUAUCAUGUCCGCUAGACAUCGCUGAAUGCGGACAGCAUAAGCUGUCCAUAUUCAGCAUUGCACAAGCAGUUCUAGCGAACUGAUUGUGCAAUACUGCCCCCUGCAGAUUCGUGGCCAAUCGGCCGCUAGCAGGGGGUGUCAAUCAGCCCGAUCAUAUAGGAUUGGGCGGAUUACUGUACGCAGCAUCAGAGGUGGCGUAUGAGUUAAGGAGCAGCGGUCUGUAGACCGCUUCUUCUUAACUCCUGUUUCCAGCGAGCUUAAAGGCUCACGCGGAAACAGGGUGAAUUGGCCCAAUUUGGACAAUAAUAAAUUGACCCCUAAGUGUGGGCUGAAUGGCAGCAUCAUGAUGUGUGCUCAAGGACGGCAAUGUUCUACUGUGAGGAUGGCGAAAGUGAUGCAACUGAUAAAUGCUAUGUGCAACAAAUACUAAAAUGUUUAGUUCAAUAAAAAUCUUAUUUAUGAAA